GUUUUCUCAAUAUUUCGUUAUUAUUUGUCAAAAUUUCAUGUGUUAUGGCUGAAUCUCAAAAGCCUAAUGGGGAUGCAAGUGGGGGCGUCUGCAAUAAGAAGAAAAAAUCCACUAGAACAAUAAUGAGAGAAAUGCUAGAAAAACAAAAAUGCGCUAAGAAGAAAGUCAAACUAGCAAAAAAACCUUGUGGGUGUUCCUCCAAGAAACGUUUAACUAAAAGCAAACGUACAAACAAAUCUACAAACAAAGGAGGAAUGCCAACAAUCAAUCCAUUUUUUAAUUUUUUAAGAGUUUUUAGAGCAAAGCAUUGUAAAAUGGCUCAAAAAUUUGUAGCCAUAGAGGGAGCAAAAAUAUGGAACGCAAUGAGUGACUUGAAGAAAUUAAAAUACUACAAGAUAGCAUACGUGAUGCAAAAGAAGAUGAGAAAGAAAGAACGGAAAAGGAAAUAUGUUAAGAAGAGGAGGUGUAAAUCUCAAUUAAACUAACAUCUUGAAUAAUAAAUUAUUUGGACAUUUUUAAUUUUUAUUGUUUAUUAAACAUUGUUGUCAAAUAUGACAUGGACGUCAUACAUAAAUUUUUCAAAUGGAUUUCUUUCAAAAUUGUAAAGUAUUCAAAAACAAUCCCGAUUUAAAUAGUAGAAAAUGUCCAUUAUUUGGUGGAAGUAGCAAUAUUGAGGUUAAAGGCGAUGAUGCUAACCCAUCAUCGGGCAAUGAUCCAUCCAAAACUCCCGAAACACCUGACGGUAACUCGCCGACGCCAACAGCAGAUUGCAAAUCAAAACCACGUAAAAGGAAAUCCUCUAGAAGUUGCACAUGCAGAAAAUCAAAAAGUAGAUCAAAAUCUAGAGCUAGAACUAAAGGCAGAAAUAAAUCGAGGUGUGGUACGAGAAGAAAGAGUUCUGCCCGAAGAAGAUCCGCUAGUAAAAGAGCAGCGAAAAGGAAGAAAUCCCGAACCUCAUCGAGAAGCAGGUGCAGAUCGACCAAACGUUCAAAGCGGUCAUCGCGACAUCAAAACAAAAGGAAGAGAUCUGCCUUUUCAAAAAGACGUUCUGCCAAAAGGCCAAAACGGGCAUGCACUUGCAAAAAAUUAAAAUCUCGCAAGCAUAGAGGACGCUCGCACUCAAAGAGGCAUCAGUCCACUAGAGGAAGGUCCAAAGUGUGUCACAGUGGAAGAAGUCGUUUCAGAAGGCAUAGUGACGAUUCACACAGUAGUGGAUCUAGAAGUGGGUCGCGACACGAGAUUUGCAAAAUACACGGGUUUAGAAAGAAACUUCCUGUGUUUGAAAGAGGCUCGAAACAAUCUUCUUCAACCCGCAGCAGAUCCGGAUCCGAUUCCAAACAAAUGAGACGAUCGAGAUCAUUGGAGCAUAAUCGUCCGAAGGAUUCUAGGCAAAGAAAAUCGAAAACCGGACCGAACAAAUGUAAAGCGUGUUCAAGGGACAGAAAAACGAGAUUCAAACACAGCCAAAAGAGCGAUGGUAAUGCUUACAAACGUACCAGAAACGAUUUGAUGCAUGGUGAUGGAAAUGAAUGGCGGAAUUUUGACAGUAAUGUAGCUAUGAAGAUACGACCUAACAAGUGUUCGAUUUUGGGAUCAAGGGCGAAGAGUAUUAAAUCGAAAUUUGAGAUAUUGAGGUCAAAAUCAAGGCGAAGAAAAUCUAGAUCUAAAUCAAAAUAUUUAAAAAAAAAGAACUGAUCUAUUCUGGACCUAUUGUUAUUAAUCUGUGUGUUUUGAAUUUUUGUUUAAUAUAUUUUGAUAUGGUGUUUUGUUUGAAAUUAAAGAAAGUAAAUUUGAUGUAGAGAAAUUCAAAAAUGUAAUAAAAUAUGUAGCAUAUUUAAAAUAUUUUUGUAUUUGAAUAUACAUGUAUAUGAC